AUGCUCUCCAUCACUGCCACCCUGGGCCUCUUGGCCACUACCGCUCUUGUCCAAGGUCUACCUGAGACACUCGAGAAGCGCUACACCACGGUGCAGAAUGUCCAACACACCUUUUAUGGAUACCCCGACAAUGACCCACCAAGCGCUCAGAUCGCCUACGACUGCGGUCGUGGCUACACCGCUGGUGGCAGCGGCACCUACGAUGACCCCCGUACCAUGGCGACUGCGCCAGGCGAGUUUGCCAAAUGCGAGAUCGUCUGGGAUCCCUACACAGAGAAGUACCUGAGAUUUGAGGACACUUGCGCUCAAUGCAUCAGCGAUUGUAAGUGCUCAUGGAAGAACGGACAUUAUCACAUCGAUAUCUGGACUGGAUCCUCAACCCAGAGCGGAGGACAAGCUCAGAUCAAUUGCGAAGAUCGAUUGACGCCAGACCGUGGUCACGAUGUCGUCCGUUAUGGCAAUCAAAACCACGAGGUCAACACCGGUCCACUGUACAGCCCAUCUUCGGGCUGCCACCCGGAGAAUGUGUACCCCAAUGCUAACUGA